AGAAUAAAUUAUUAUUGUCUGAUAAUCUGAUAACGUUUGAAUUAUGGAGAACCGAACUAUCUUUAAACAGUGGAAAACCAAGAACGCUGCUUGAAGCGCGACGUGAGGAAUGCUAAUUCGAACGAAGAACGAAACAUAGACGUCAGCGCCAUGUCGGAUGAUUCGUCGUCGGAAGAUGAGAUCACAAAGCGGAUACUUAAAGACUCAAUUGACACUGAUCUACUAACUAACGAUUUAUAUAGCAGCAACCCCAGCAAGAAGUCCUUAGACAAAAUUAAAAGUAUCAACACAGUACAAAUUAAACCAUCUCUUAGACAUAUUAUCGAAGACGAUGGACAUAAUCACAAUUUUAUCAAGGUGACUCCAGAAUUUCAAGAAUUUGUUGCUAAAAGCUUAUUCAAACAUUUAGAAAGUGAAAUAAUUGAAAAAAAGAAAAAACAUAAAAAACUCAAAAUAGACAAUACUGAUGAAUCAAGAGGUAUUCAUUUAUUCAAUGGAUCAGCUAAAUUACUCAACUCUUCAUUAGAUGAACCCACAACUGAGAUAAAGAGAAAACGUCAUCUUAAAAAUACCAGUGAUGAAGUCAUACUACAGCGUGCUUCUGAAACGGCUGUGUCACCUGAAUGGAUAUUAAACAGAGAUGCUGUUCAAGGUUGGGCAAAAGUGACCAAAGGAAAAAUCAUGAAAGUUAAAAGUAACCGUGAAGGUUCAUUUGAUAUAAUCGAUGAUGAAGUAUAGAAGUGCAUUUCAUAGCUCCUAAAAUUAUAUGAUAGAAAUAUGAAGAUUUUUUACAAGACAUUGGUGUAUUAUUGUCAACUAUUGCACUGCCUACUAAUAAAGUGUCACUGCCUUCUCUUUAGAGGAUCCUUUAUAAUAUGUAUAAACAUGUUCUGCUGUGCUAAAAUAGUAUAAGACAUAACUGUACAACAGUUUUGGUUAAUUUAUAGUUUGUUGUAUAUUUAAGUCAAAUAUGAAUAUCACUCAAAUGUAAUGUUUUUAUUAAAAUUUACUUAACUCUAAAGUAUUGUCUCUUUUGUCAUUGAUUUCUUCAUAUAUUUAGCUAAAAAAAUGUUGAAAUAACUAUUUAAUUGUUAUCAACAAAUCAUUUCAAAGCGAGCUUAAUCAAAGAUGUGUUAUUCUGUAAGUGAUGUCCAUAUUCACAUGACUUCAGUAAAUUGUAAAUUUGUAAGUAGAAGUUUAGAAUUUCUAUACAAUAAAAGUAUUAAUAACAUACGCA